GAAUUUAUAGGUACCUCUGGGACGAAUUCCACCUUCGAGGAAGGGCUUAAUGAAUUUUUAACAUAUAAACCUGUUAAAAAUUUAUCUUUUUUAGAGGGGAUUUCCCAUUUUCUGAGUUCUGAUUCAUUCGCCAUUCUUUUAAAGUCUAAGUAGUUGCUGAAAUGUAUAGAAUCUUUGACAAAAGCCCUAUUAAUAAGUUUAAAAGUAUUAAUACCCCUUAAACAAAGCAUAACAUUAAAUAUAUACAGAAAUAAAGUUGAAAAGAACAUAAGUAAUCAUUUUUAAUAACUUUUUAUAAUAAUCGUACACCAUAACAGGAAUCCAGUUAAUAUAUUAAAUGAACAGACUUCUUACAAAUGUAACAUAUAAAUAUUUUUUUAGAUUUAAUUUUAAAAAUAUCUCCACUUUUAUAAACUCUGGAAAUGAUCCUAAUUUGAUCAAAACUCUUACACCCAAACAACUAGGAAGGAUUGCUUUUGAUGUUUCUAAAUGUGCAAACAGUGAUAUAAGAAUCUGGGAUACAUUCGUACAAACCUCCCAAAACCUGUUUAAUUCAUUCGAUUAUAAGGACACUUUGAGGGUUUUGAGGGGGUUAAAUACAUUUUAUGACUAUUUAAACUAUGAUUUACGCAGAGCUGAUGUUCCUUUUCUGGCAAAUCUCUUGGAUAAACUGUAUGAUUGUUGCGAAAGUUACAACUGUACAGAGCUUUCUGAAGUUGCCGAAAUAAUUUCAACAUUUAUUAUUUCAAAUCAACUUCUGCUAGAUUCUGGUAGUUCACAAAUAGACCCUUGGAAUUUGUUAUGUAAAAUUUCAAUUUCAUUUAAAAUAAGGUUGGCUGAAGCCACUCCUUCUGAUAUAGUUAGACUACUGGUUUCCUUUUCCAAAGUUGGAUCUUGCGAUAACGAUCUCUUGGAAACGUUGGUUCAAUAUUCCAUAACAAACAAGAGUUUUACCCUUGAACAACUAAGAACUAUAUGUGCUAGUUGUGUAAUACUCAACCACUACCAUGUGAAACUACUUGACACUCUUUGUGAAUCAUAUAUUAAUCAAGAUGUUGGAAUUAAUGACCUUGCUAUUUUAUCCUUUAUCUUUAGUAAUUCUUCUUAUACUAACAGGAAAGUCAUCCAUCUUUUCGAAAAAAACUUGAAAAAUGAUGUUGGGAAUAUUGAUUUACCUAGCUUUUGUUUAAAUUUACACAAGAUUGGGGUAAAAGUUCCAGAGGAUUACAUAAACUUAAUCAAUGUUGAUUCACUAAAAACUGACACAUUAAUUAACCUUUUGGUUUUGUUUUCCAAAUUUCCUUCUAAACAGAUCCCAGUUUUGAAUAAAUUGAAGAGCAUAAAUUUGGGGGAUAUGGAAAAAAUUCCCAAUGUUACAGAGGACUACAAGUUUAAGAUUUUGGAAUAUAUAGCAAAUGGAUCAUUUACUAAGACCACCCAUGAUCUGUUUAAUCUGUUUAUUUCUGAAGGACUUUUCAAUUCUGAUGAUACCAGGUUGAUUCCAUUGCUAACUAAGUUACCUGUACACUGGAUAUUGGAAAAUUUUGAGAAGAUUGAUUUUAAAGGAGUUAAAACAGAAAACGUAGAUGAUUCAACCAUUAUUCAAACAGGACUAAUUUCAUUUUUAAAGUUUUGCAACGAUGGCUUGACCUGUAGCCCUGAAACUAGUAAGAUGCUAAUGGAUAAGAUACAAAAUAGUAUCAAUGAAAUGGAAAGAAUUCACAACAUUUCACACCUUGAUACAAUUUUUGAUAUGCUUCCGGCCGAAGAACUUGAUGCUACUCCACAUAUACUAAUAAAUCAGAUAAGAAAAACCCUUAAUAUAGAGAUACAGACUGAAGUAAUUCAAGGUAAAUUGAAGAUUUUCUUAAUAAAAGGUUCUCGCGAUUCAUUAUUUUUAACGUUUCCGGAAGAUUUCUUGAGUUCGGAUCAUCUGGAUUUUCAAUGUUCCUGGAUUCCACCGGGCAAGGUACCUCGUCUUGAGGUGUUGUCAAAAAUGUACUAUAUAACUAGUCUAAAUUACAACAUUACCCCAAUCUCUCACUAUGCAUGGAAUAAAAUUUUAAAUAAAGAGUCGAAAUUAAAUUAUUUACCCAAAUUGACGUUAUAACACACCACAUUCUUACACACUUUCAGUAA